AUGACCUUGCCGCCGAUCGCGUCGACCUCCAACUGGAGGCGAUCUCCCGCUUUCGGCACCCCUUCACCGCCCCCGCCAACCCUCCAUCCGCCCAAUCUGCCGUCGGAACCCUCGCUCUCGCCUGCCCAGUCACACUCCGAGUUGUCCGGGUCGUCAUCACAUGAUUCAGAUGGCGACACCGAGAUGAACGAGGCUAGCGAAGGGGAGGGUGAUGCGGAGACAGCACCACGGCAAGGCAAGGGGAAGGGGAAGGGCGAGCCAAAGAAGCAUGUGUGCAUGAUCUGCAGUCGACGCUUCAACCGUCCAAGUAGCCUGCGCAUUCACGGCAACACCCAUUCUGGCGCGAUGCCUUUCUCUUGUCCGCAUCCUGGCUGUGGGCGGGCAUUUAACGUGAAGUCAAAUAUGCGCCGGCAUCUGAGAAACCACACCUCUGAGCCAGAGGAUGCAUCGGGGACGAUGCUCCUUUUCCACAACACCUACCACUCCUCGUCUGGGCUGUCUACCUCGCUGCCUACCCCACUGGCGGGGACCGCAACGGUGGGCGUUACACCCUACGUCGAUGCGGCAUUUUCCGCUCAAGCCGCGUUGAGCGCCAAACGCCUUGCAAAUCGCUCCCAGCCCCAAUUUUUGCCAGCUAGCCCUUCGCCCCCCGUAGCAGUCGAAGCGGAGCGAUCGAGGGAAGAUUACCACUACCAAUCUCUCAUGAUUGCAACUCUCGCCAUGGCCUCGUCCAUUAAUUCAAACUCGGCUGGCGGUCCUCUACCAAUCCUACCCCGGCGUGCACCUUUGGUCGCUCGGUCUUCAUCAUAUCCCUCCUCAAGACCAACCCCGCCCCCAAUAAAACUCGUAGUCCAGCACGCUACCCCUCCCUCAGACGACGAGUCUUCUACUUCAACUUCAGACGACCAAUCCGUUAUUACAAUCCACUCAAAACGCAGUCGUGGUGUCCGUCCUCCUGAAGAGAGCACCCCUUUACCAUUUCCCGCUCGUCGGCCUCCUUCACCGCCAGAUGAGGUUACUCCCCGUCCUUCUGCGAUGGCUCGGCCUCUCGUCUAUUCACCAGGAGCAGGCAGUAUCUCUGGUUUACGGGCUCUCUCCACACCCACUCUCCCUUCCCUAGCUCCUCGAACUUCAAAAUCGACACAGGACGAUACCACUCCGCGUGUCAUCCGCAAAAAGUCUGGCGAACCCCUCAAGUCGUCACUCAAAUCCUCCACCCCUCGUGUUCGAGGAUCUUUGGAAGUGGUCAUCAACGGUGGUUCCGCUGUGGGUAGUAAAAGCGCGCCAACCACGCCAACCAGUGGAGCACGUGCACGAGUCCACUUCAACUCGCAGCUCGAGCAGGUCAAAUUGUUCCUCGCCGAGCAAAAGCCUCUGGCUGUGAGCCGAGACGGAUCGCCAACCGACGAUACGAGCGGAACAGAAGAUUUCCCUGACUACAUCUUUGGGCGAGAUGCUCAAACAGAUGACGAAGGGGCAUUGGAGAUGACUGUUGAGGUGCCGCCGCCAGGAGGAGAGCUGGAUGUCAAGUUGCAAACACUUGUGUUGACAGAGGACAAAACCGGUGUCGCCGGGACUGUUGCAGUGCGCAAUCUGGCGUUCGACAAGUGGGUAGCUGUCCGUUUUACGCUGGACGAAUGGCAAACCACAAGCGAGGUUACGGCUCGAUACUCACAUUCACUUCCUGGUGGGAUGGUCGACGUAUUCGCAUUCACCAUCCGUCUAAACGACAUUUUGGCGCGCAUCGAUGGUAAACAGAUGGCGUUAGCGGUGCGUUUCAAUGCGGCGGGUCGGGAAAUGUGGGAUAAUAAUCGCGGGAGGAAUUAUAUGGCGGUGUUCAAACGGGUACGCGGGGGUUGUGAACAGUCGAAAAGGAGGAGUGGCGAGGUUGCUGCUGAUUUGCGCACUCGAUUGGAGCGCGUCGUCAAGAUGCAGGAACAACAAGAAACACCGACAGUUCUUCGCGGGAACCAGAAGGUCGUCGAGCCCCCUGCAGCUGUUGGGUUUCGCAAUGGUGACUCUUUAGCUGCCCGUUACGACUUCAAUUCCUCUUCUCGUGACCCGUGGCGUCCUCAUCAACGAGCUCAGUCGCAUCCAAACUUGGACUCACCAUCUCCGCCGCAUACUUCCACUUGGCCGCGUUCACCCGCCAUUGUCCUUCAAAAGCCUCGUUCCAACUUGGGGUCACCACGCGAUGUAUCUGACGAUAUAAACUUUCGACCGUCGCUCUAUAUCACUUCUCCUGAAGACCAUCCAUUCGCUGUGCCCAAGCCGAGUCGCCAACAUCAACGCGGUUACUUCGACGUGCCAUUACGAGAUCCCGCAUCGCUGCGACGGACACCUCCAGGCACGCCACGGUUUCGUGAUUUGACGCCCAUCGGGAAUCCCGGACGCUAUAACUCUUUCCCGCCCCUUGAUGCUCGUGGUGUUGGUCUAGGUCUGGAUGUGGCGGGGAUGUCCAUGUCACGGGAAGGCAAUACGAGUGAGGACAGUACCCCCAGUUUCAUUAGCAGCGACGGGUCAACGAGUGGGACUACAUCUCCCAUAAGCCCGCCGGACUUGGUGACCUUGGAGUCGAGACUAGCGAUGACCUCUGAGCCAGAGUCGUCAUCUACGUAUCACAACUUUUUGGAUAAAUUCUGCUUCUACACUGGCGCCACAAGCGUUGAACCCAUUCAACGCACCCACUCUGCCUCCAGCGUCGAAGAAUUGUUGUCAACCAGUUCACCCCGUUCGCAUGGUUUCGCGUCGACAAGCUCACCACUGCUGCGAUUCGAUGACAGCAGUAGCGGUUCAUCGACACCAACUACAGCUCGCAGCAUAUCUUCUCCCACUCCCGUUGUUGCUUGA